GGUGUAGCCAUGAAAAAUUUUGACUUUUCAAUUUUGGAGCUCAACACCCAGCCGCUCAUGGUGUUUUAACUUUUAAGGCUUCUUGCUUCCUGUGGAUUUACAGGGACCAUACCACAUGAGUUAGGGCAGUUGAAGAUGUUGAACGUGCUUGACCUGCGGAACAACCAGCUCACUGGGAGGAUCCCCUCAUCACUAGAAGAUCUGCCAAACCUCAGGGGACUGUACCUGGACAACAAUUUUUUGAGUGGUCCGAUACCUCCGAAGCUCCGAGCGAGGUCAGAGAAUGGUACUCUCAAUGUAACUUUCACAGGAAAUAGCGGCCAAGUAAUGGACCGAGUCACCCGAGUGAAUAAUAUUGGUCUUCUCAGCCAGCCGAGUCGCUCAUCGCCACGGUCGACAGGACAGAAGCAGAGUAUUUUCACGACACCUGUGAUUAUUGCCGUUGUUGCAGUGAAGUACAAGACAACACGAGCAAGGCAACGGCGCUGCAAGGAACGACAGGGCGAGCGGACCAGCAGCUCGGCAACCGUGGAGCGGAGCACAAGGCACCGGCAACAAGGCAACCCAACUACAUGGCACACAUGCAGCAAACACGGAAGGCACAACCAGCGGAUGAGCAGCACGGCAGCGAAGCGCAAGGCAACACCAGCAACACGGCCACACCACACAGCGAACACAGCAAUUCGCAGAGAGACGCACGCGAAGCAAGCGGGACAGGCAGCAGGGCAGCGGCGGAGCGCAGACGAGGACGUCCACACAUCCAACACGGAGCAAAGCAGCACAUCACCUACUCACAUCACGGGUGAACCCCACAGACUGUUGGUUCCCACCACCCGCUGAGCCAGGGAGACACUCCGACGACCAUCCAUCAUCUCCAACAGGCAACACAGACAUCCCAAACCGAGUGCCCCCCUAAGAGUGCAGUUGGCACUCCAAACGAGGAACCACCGACUGUUUGGCACUACUUAAGGGUGCUCAGUUGGGUCAACAAAAAUACUUAGAAAAC